AUGAUCACUGAAGAUGCCUUCUCAGCAGCCGAUGCAGUUGAUGAGACUGUCGCCCUAACCAAGGCGGCUGCUUCCGAGGCUGCCUCUUCUCCCAAGACAAAUGGAUAUGACGCGUUGUGGAUACAUGCCGAUACUGUGACCGCCCUUAUCAUCGCUUUGGGCAGUCGCCUGCCGCACAGCGAACAAUCUAAGCUUGUUGAUUUUACCGUACGGCUAGGGCAAGACAUCGUAUCCCAUCCCACAAAUGGAACCGUAUUAAGGCUCAAGGAGCCGGACGAUGCCCAAUUUUGGACAGGAAUGCCUCGGUUGGCAAUAAAUUUGGCCGAGGUCUGGCUCCGAAACUCUGGUGUUACAAGCGAAGACGAGUCACGAAAUCAAGAUUUCGUCAACUUAUCAGCCUUCUAUGCCCAACUGGCGGAAGUCAAAUUCCAAAAUUUCCAGGGGGAUAUUUCCUGGAGCUUGCCUCGCCUGACAUGCAUGUUCGAUGAGACACGCCAAGUUACGAGGCAAGAUGUCCGAGUAGCCUGCAUGUGGCUUAUCUAUGCUCCAAAGAAGGUCUUGCUAGAUGUUCAACUCCGCCGCAAAGAGAACAGACAAGUUCGGUUUAAUCAAUUUAAACCUGAAUUCUGGCCACAAUGGAAGCAGUUCCUGCAAGAUUGCCAGCAGAAACCCUCGAGUGAAAUCUCGGACAAAGAGACACAGGACCUUAUAACAAAAGCUCUGGAUAGCAUGGGCAAGGCGGAAGCUGCAGCAAGUACGUAG